ACAUGGACGACGAAGGUUUGAUAAAGUCAUAACAUAAUAGACAGGAGCAAACGUGUUAGCUGCAAAAUACACAGUACAGUAUGGGGGACCAAAGAACGAAGUAUAUACUUCUUCAGGAUCGUGUUGGGCAGACAGUAGAAAGAAACGUUUUUGCCCUUGGCCUUUCCACGAAGUCAACACCAACACAAGUACUGCGAGGCGACUUACUGGAAGCUCUGCCCGAAACUGAACAACCUCAGGAUUCAACUAAAAUAGCUCUGGUCGGAAUUGAUCGUAAGUCUUUGUUUCUUGAAUGUACUUUGGAGUAUCUGACGAGGCUCUCUGACGAAGACGCUAACUUACUUUUGGCUAUUUCAUCGCUCGAAGAGAGAUAUCAAACUUUUAUGGACAGAAUUCGCCUCGAUUUCGGGCGUAGAAUAAUACUGGGACGUAAAGUUUAUGUUUCUGUGAAAGGUGUUUCUAAGCAAUUGCCGGGUGUUGUGUGGUACAAGGGUGAAUUACCAUCGAACAAUGGAACGAUGUUUGGAGUUGAACUGAUAAACAACCAAGGCCUAGGAACAUCUGAUGGGACAUUUAGAAACAAAAGAUAUUUUACUUGUCCCCAAGACAGUGGUGUUUUUGUUGGACUAGACAAAAUAAUGCCUCGAGAAGAUCCAGAGUCUAGGUCUCCACCAAAAAACAACAUAGCUCGACUAAAGGAUACAGUCCUGACACCAUUCUUGAAGGGGAAAAGUGAGCAGAAGUCAUUGCAAGGAAGAAAGGAUAUUGAAAUGGAUCAAAGAGUUGUGGCAUUCUUGGAUGAUAAUCGUGCUAUAAAGGGACGUGUGCGGUAUAUUGGUGAGCACAAAGAUCGCAGUGGAUAUCUAUUGACACUUGUGGGUUUGGAACUGGAUACAAUGGAUGGAAGUGGAACUGGAAAACUACAUGGAAAACAACUAUUUGUCUGUAGAAAAAAUUUUGCCCUCUUUUGCCCCAUUGAAAGUGUUAUACCUGAAAACGACUUCCUUGUUGGACACCCUAAGAAUAUUACAGGCUGGAUGACUUUGGAGAAAGAGCAAAUUCGCAGUGAUGAAAUGCUAGCAAGAUCAAUGAGUUAUUCUGGUGACACCUCAGGUGAGGCAUCUUCAAAACGAGUGAGAAGAAGAAGCUUAGUUGACUCAGCUGAUGUCAUUAAGGCUGCUGGGGAAUCCAGCCAAACUGAUCCUACUGUGUUCAUUGAGCAACAGCGGCAGCUUUUAAAUGAAGUGGAGAGUUCAAGACAAACUGGUAACAGAGAUAGUGAUGGACAUAAUGACGUUGUCAUGCAGGAUGAAGACAGGACAGGCAUUGCGACAAAAUUAGAAUUUGAAGAAGGACAUUACAGAAGCACAUCUCCAAAGAGUUCUGUUAUAGACAAUAAGCCAAUUAUAACCCAGCCUGGUUUCUCUAAUUUUUUGAGUCAUGAAAAUGCAACGAUGUAUUCUGAGUAUGUACAGAUUGAUGAAGAAGAGUAUGUAAAAUUGAUUGAUAAACAUACAAGUACCAGAGGUGAAGAUUCCAAGGUGGUUACACAAGGAACUUUGCAGAAUUCCACAACUUCUACAGUAUAUCCAAACAGAUGUGGCAAUGAGGAAAUGCGUGCAGAAGGAGGCUCGGGUGGAAAUAGAAUGCCAUCAUUAGCAGAUGAAGUUGUGUCAGAUUCUAGCUUGAAAGCGAGGGAGGGAACAGAAGAUGCCAUUACAUCCAAAGAACCUUCAGAGCAGCGAGAAAUGGAAACAGCUGUCCUACACUCAGAAGAUAAUUUAGCAGCUGGCAAAAACAGAGGUAUUGAGGACACUCAAAUAACAGUUGACAUUCCCCAUGGUUUGGAACUGGGUUCCAUGGUAGAGGUUCCUAUGGCAGAAGGUCUUCCUCGAUAUGGUGUUAUUCGUUGGAUUGGAAAGCUUCUGCAGGUGAAGGAUAAGCUGGUUGCAGGUCUAGAAUUGGAAGAGGAACAGUCUGCAUGCUCAGAUGGCACAUUUAAUGGAGUGAGAUACUUCAAGUGCCCUGCAGGAAGAGGUUUUUUCACUUUACUGAAGCAUUGCCGACAAGACUCACGUUUUGGUCCCAACACACCAAACAACGAUACAAGUUUUGAUGCUGAAAAAGCCUUUGGAAGUGUGCCUUCUCCAGAGGUCAAAGGUAUAACGGUGCCACCAAAGACCCUCGAGAAAAUACAGUGCGGCACCAUGCGAGGUCUCCAGGGUCACCACAACUCGUGCUACCUUGAUGCCACACUGUACAGCAUGUUUGCUUUCUCAAGCGUAUUUGACACUCUGUUGCAUCGUCAGAGGAAAGAUGGCGAUCUGGAAGAAUAUGACAACGUACAGACAGUGUUGAGAGAGUGCAUUGUAAAUCCUUUAAGAGUGCAUGGCUUUGUACGUGCAGACCGUGUCCUCCUGUUGAGAGAGCUGUUAGACAAACUCAGCUCAACUGCAGGAUUAGUGAAUGAGGAAAAAGACCCAGAGGAGUUUCUAAACUCUCUUCUACAGCAAGUCUUGAAGGCUGAUCCAUUCCUUCACUUGAAACCUCGAGAUGUACAAGUCAAGGACAGAGAAGGAGCAUUCUUCUAUCAGAUCAUAACAGAGAAGGACGAGUCUGUGAAAAUCGCUCAGGUUCAACAACUGCUAGUACAGUCUUUCAUCUCAGCCGAUCUCAUACUUUCCGAGGCAUCCUCAGUUUCCUGCGAAUAG